AUGUUGAAGCGGCAGGAGCGCAACAAGGAAAACGCACCACCGAAGGCCGGAAAGCAGAAAGCUGGCGAAGCUCGACAGGGGAGAAUCAGAGGACCUGCCGCCAGUGAUCUUUUCGGGAAGAGCAAAAAAAUCGACUUGAACACCGCUAUGCGGGAUCCAGCCAGAAAGACGCUUUCCAAUGUGGGAAAUACAACAAGAGAAGAGAAAGAAGCGAGCAAAGAUGAGAUGGACUUAAAAAUUCCGCCAUGCGCGGGGAACACCAACCAUACACUAACAGAAACAUCAAGACAAUCGCGCUCGAUUUCACAGGAAAAGCAACGAAAUCACAUGACUGUUGGCAAAGAAUUGGCAGUCUUUAUUCCACGAGUAACAGCUAGUGGAAUGCAGUUACGUCCGAUGCGCGCUUCCGCAGAAAAUACCACAGCAGAUAAUUUUGCUGCACAUAAAGAAAAGGCAAAAAUACAGAAGCCAUCGUCCAAUGAAACAGCUGAUAAUGCACGGGCCCGAGAUGCCCAGACUGUGAGAGUGGAAACACAGAUGAUAGCGGCUGAGCAACAACUAAUGCCCAAGGGACAGCCAGUAACCAAGAAACACCCAAAUAAUUCAAAUUGUGGGGAUGCUUGCGAUGAAUAUGCGGAGGACAUAUGGCAGUUCCUCGAGUAUUUGGAAAGUCGCUACGAACUCCCACAAAAUUUCUUCAGUGGAUCCAAGGUCACACCGAAAAUGCGUAUGAUAACGCUGGAGUGGUUCGCAUUUUUUGCAACUACCUUCCAAUUGCUGCCUGAAACGUUCCUAAGAACGGUACACCUAUUCGAUCGCUACAUCGUGGCUCAUCUGCUCGAGAUCGACAAGGUUUCAAUUAAGCGCAUUCGCAGCAGCAUGCUACCAAUGCGCAUUGUUACUCGCGACUGCUAG